GUCGAUUAGAUCAAAAUGAACGACCCACGCCGCUCUUCCGAAUGGGUAGACGAAAAACACAAAUGGCACCGGUUCAUAAAGUUGGCUCUAUAUAACCCCCCGCAUCGCAGCGUCACAUUCAAAACAAACUCCGAAAGAAACAGUCAGAAUCAGAAUCAGAAGAAGCGAGCAAAGAUGUCGGGUCGUGGAAAGGGAGGCAAGGGUUUGGGUAAGGGAGGAGCCAAGAGGCACAGGAAGGUGCUCCGCGAUAACAUCCAGGGAAUCACAAAACCCGCCAUUCGCCGUUUGGCUCGCAGAGGCGGCGUCAAGAGAAUCAGUGGCCUCAUCUAUGAAGAAACCCGCGGCGUCCUUAAGAUCUUCCUCGAGAACGUUAUUCGCGACGCUGUUACCUACACCGAGCAUGCUAGGAGGAAGACUGUUACCGCUAUGGAUGUUGUUUAUGCUCUCAAGAGGCAGGGCAGGACUCUCUAUGGUUUCGGUGGUUAAAUUUUAGGGUUUUGAUGGGCUUAGCAGCUGGUUAUUUUUGUAAAUGGUCGUUUGUUUGGGAGUAUUUGAUUUUGUGCUUUUUUGUUUUUUAGCCUUUCUUGUUAGGUGUAUUGUUAUUUUUGCUUCAAUUGAAAUGGAACAAAGAGUGUUUUGUUUCUGGAAUUCUCUUCUUGUUGAAGGUGUACACUGAUUACCCGCUAGUUAAUUGCGACUUUGGAGAUAAAA